CUGCUAUGAGCCGAUCCUGGAUCAGCUCCCUCCUUUCACAAACACGGAAGCAGCAUGGCGUCCAACAGCUCCCGAGGCAGCUCCGAAAGGCACAGGAUUGCACAGCACAGACUGAGCGUAAUAGCCGGGCAUCUACAGCGACCACUGAACGGUGACACAACCAUCCGAGCCACGGAGUGCAAAGCUCAGGGGACCAGACCAGAUGUCGCCACCGAAAUGAAGACUGUACCCAGAAGGAGGCAGGAGAUUAUGAAGUGGAAUGGCUGGGGUUACAAUGACUCAAAAUUCAUCUACAACAAGAAUGGCCAAGCAGAAUUCACAGGCAAAAGGUAUAGACUGAGUGGGAUGAUCAUCCCUGGCCUGAGAGAUUGGAUGGAGAGCACAUUUGGUGCCACUGUGCAGCAUAAAACUCCAGCAACACCCGUUCUGAAUACCAGUGCCGUUCAGCCUCCCACACUGAACGAGGCCUUCGUAGAGGGAAUAAAAUCCACAGGUAUUCCAUUCUCUCACGACCCAGAAGACCGAGUGUUUCGUUCCCAUGGUCACUGCUUACAUGAGAUCUUUCCGUUGAGAGAGGGGAAGGUUGGCCGCGUCCCAGAUAUGGUGGUGUGGCCAAAGUGUCACAAUGAUGUGGUGAAAACUGUGGAGCUGGCAUGCAAACAUAAUGUUUGUUUGAUACCUUUUGGAGGAGGAACUAGUGUCUCUAGUGCCCUGGAGUGCCCGCCCGAGGAAACGCGCUCCAUUGUCUCUUUGGAUACAUCACAGAUGAACCGUGUUUUGUGGAUUGAUGAGAAAAACCUAACUGCACACGUGGAGGCUGGCAUCAUCGGUCAGGAUCUGGAGAGACUGCUUAAUGAGAGCGGCUACUGUACCGGGCAUGAGCCUGACUCCAUGGAGUUCAGCUCCCUGGGGGGGUGGGUAGCGACAAGAGCGUCAGGCAUGAAGAAAAACAUCUAUGGCAACAUUGAGGAUCUGGUUGUCCACAUCAAAAUGGUUACACCACGAGGUGUGAUUGAGAAGAGUUGUCAAGGACCACGUAUGUCCACGGGGCCAGACGUUCACCACUUCAUCCUAGGCUCAGAAGGAACCCUCGGUGUGGUCACCGAGGUGACGAUGAAGAUCCGUCCUGUGCCAGAGUAUCAGAAGUACGGCUCGGUGGUUUUUCCCAACUUUGAACAGGGAGUUGCUUGUCUCAGAGAGGUGGCCAGACAGAGAUGCGCUCCAGCAUCUAUAAGGCUCAUGGAUAACGAACAAUUUCAGUUUGGUCACGCCCUGAAACCUCAAGUCUCCUCAAUUUUCACUUCCUUUCUAGAUGGACUGAAGAAGUUCUACAUCACCAAGUUCAAAGGCUUUGACCCCAGCCGCUUGUGUGUGGCCACGCUGCUGUUUGAGGGGGACAGAGAGAAGGUCCUGCAGCACGAGAAGCAGGUUUACGACAUUGCUGCUAAAUUUGGGGGCCUGGCAGCUGGAGAAGACAAUGGGCAGAGGGGCUACAUGCUGACCUUCGUCAUCGCUUACCUCCGGGACUUGGGGAUGGACUACUUUGUGAUCGGGGAGUCUUUUGAAACAUCUGUGCCUUGGGACAGGGUGUUGGACAUUUGCAGAAAUGUGAAGGCACGCAUAGUUCAAGAGUGCAAAGACAGAGGAGUUCAGUUUCAACCUUUAUCCACCUGCAGGGUGACUCAGACGUAUGACGCCGGCGCCUGUGUCUACUUUUACUUUGCCUUCAACUACAGAGGACUCAGUGACCCGUUGCACGUGUAUGCGCAAGUGGAGCAUGCUGCCAGAGAGGAGAUUCUUGCCAAUGGAGGGAGUUUGUCGCAUCAUCAUGGAGUGGGGAAACUUCGAAAGGAGUGGAUGAGAGAGACAGUCUCCGACGUUGGCCUGGGGAUGCUCAAGUCCGUCAAGGACUACGUUGACCCAAACAACAUCUUCGGCAACCGGAACCUCCUCUAAGCUCCCGUUUGUAUCCAUCUCACCUUUCUUCUGAAGGCUUCUUGGAUUAACACGUACUAAAUAUGAAAUUGAAAUGGACAGAGAGCUUCUUCUUCGUGGCGUGUCAUUUCAGUGCCAUUUGAAUAUUUAUGCCCCUUUUACUGUAACCUGCUGUAAGAAUCAUGUUGCUGCAGCAUAACUUAAAUCUGUAACUGGGUGCAAAAAACCUCAAAUUUGUUCACGACUAACCCUCAUGUCCCUUCUCAGUGUGCGUGCGUGCGUGCGUGCGUGUGUGUGUGUGUGUGUGCGCGUGCGCGCGCGCUGCACCACUUUAGUUGUAGAUGAACGUGCUUUCUGAAGCUCUGUGCCUUUCUAAAGCGUCUGUCUGCCUUUCCUGUUUCUACAGUGAGUCACUUUGAGAAGAUCAACAGCUUUUUCCUGUUUGUGAUCUCAUGUCUUCUUCCCUCACUGACCUUUUUGCCAUAGAUAUUUCAGGACCGAGUGUGUUUGUGUGCCUCUUUAACAAACGUUGUCCAGCUAAAGCCCCGCCCCCUCGGCUCCUACGUAUGUGGUGUGACUGCAGGGAGAGACUGUACCUUUUCUAGUGUUCUCCACGGUUUGUUACUGAGAAAGCAGAGUGGGGGGUAAAAAAGCCAUUUGUGUGUUUCUGUGUUUUCUGUUUCGGGCGGCGCUCACGUCAAACCAAAGACUCUCCCCAUCAGAUUGUCCAAACACCAGUUUGAACUGAUAACCACCUUCUCUACCAUUUAUUAACAUUAAUAACAGAUUUGUUAUUAUAUGCAAAGAUAACAUGUAAAUAUUUGACUGUUACACCUGUUUCAUUCAUUUAUUUCCUCUCAAUAAUGAUUAGUGUGCCCCCCAAAACUGAGUUUAGCCUGAAUCGGUUGAGUAGUUUAGUAUUUCUAUAUUGUGCAAAAGGGUGUUUAGGGACUGGAUCAUGUAAUGAACUAGAUUUUGAUACUGAACUUGUACCGUCUAGCUGCUCUUUUGGAGAAGUUGUCAUCUUUUUACCCCUCUGAUCUGCACAGGUUCCGAGACUAUUCGGUUAUGUCCAAAAAAGGUUUAGAAAAAUAGAAAAAUCUUUCAAAUGGCAGAUCUUAUGUGUCAAAAAACAGGAAAAUUAAGUCCGAUCCUGUGAUUAUUUCCUUCUUUUUUGUGUCAGAUUUCCCUUUGCAAUGUCUAAAUUACAUUUUGUCACUGCUGUUUGUGCAAUAAACUAUAUUAAAACGA